GGUGGACAAAGCAAAUGGAAAACGCUUUGUUGAACACUGCGUUUAAUCAAUUGCUAGAUUUAUUUUCUUCUUCGUCGUGAUACCAAGCUUGAAUGCUCGUUGUAAUACCAAUCUUCUUCUUCGGCGUGAUUUCAGCUUCUUCACCAAAUCAAAAUCCUCUGUUUUUUUCUCCUUGUUUCUCUUCAAUUUUGAUUUCAUGGGUUUGUUUUUUUCCGCGAAUGAGUUUGAACAAGCUGUAUAAUUGUAGGGUUUGAUACGUUUCUGUGAUUAUGAAUCGAAUUAUGAAAAAAGUUUGGAUCUUUUUGGGGUUUUUCUUUUCUUACGAUUGUUGAAAUUUUAAUGUGGGACAAAGAUUGAUACUUUAUGUUGUGUAAAUUGAAAUUUUUUGUUUUGUUUUUCGUAGAGAGAAAAUUCUCUGGUGAACGUGUGCAGUUUAGCUGAGACCAGUUGCUUCAGGUCAAACAAUCGGUUCAAGUCUCUGAUGAUAUCCAGAGGCGCUGUAAGGAAAUCGCAGUUGAGCUUUUUGCCGAAGAUCAGAGUUGAGGGAAUCGUGCAGACGAGAGUAAACCAACAAACCAGCCUCAGAAUCGUUAUUCCCACCCGUGACUGGCAUAGUCGUCCGCAGGUUCCAACCUCUGGUAAAAAAUGGUUAAGAGACGUCUCUCGUGAACCUAAAAAUACAUCUCAAUGGUCUGGUCCUGCCCCUGUGCUGGUGAAAGCAGAAGUCCCAUGGUCUGCUAAAAGAGGAGCUCUUUCAGAUCAAGACCGAGUCCUCAAAACUGUGAAAGGUAUUCUGAACAAGCUUACCCCGGAGAAGUACGAGCUUCUUAAACGGAGAAGCACGAGCUUCUUAAAGGUCAAUUGAUUGAUUCUAGCAUCACUUCUGCUGAUAUCCUAAAGGGAGUAAUACAGCUGAUUUUUGAGAAUGCUAUACUGCACUCGACGUUCUGCGAGUUGUACGCUUGUUUAUAUUUUGAUAUUAACGGAAAGCUUCCUUCGUUUUCACCUGAGGAACCUGGUGGCAAAGAAGUAACUUUCAACAACAGGGGAUACACAUUGAUGAAAUUGCUCAGAAAUUGAAGAUCCCAAAGAACAAGCUAAAGGACCACAGCUUAAGUAAAGCAUCCAUCAAAGGAGCCACAAAGGAGGAUUCUUUUUGCCUCCCAUACCUUUUAUGUUGUUUUUCACAUGAACUCCAAUAAAAGCAAAAGCUAUGCUUCAGAAAUCGGAUUCAAUCGCUGAUAAAAUGCCUGAUGCAUUGAAACAAAGCCGGUACCAUAUGAAGAGAUGUUUUGCCAGCUUUGUUGGAGGAGGAAAGAAGCUUAUGAAGCGUGAGGAUCUGAUGAAUGAGAUAGAGAAAUGUAUAGAAGAUAGCCGUGAACGCAGUAAGAUCCUGGAGGGGCUGUUUGGCUACAUUCUCACUUGUACUCAGGAAGCGGCAGUGGUUCCACCAUUUGUUGCAUUAGCUGCAAGGCCAAAUCCUGGUUUCUGGGAAUAUGUUAAGGUCAACUCUGGAGAUUUAACAGUGGAUGAAAUCACAGCUACGGAUUACUUAAAGCUCAAGGAAUCUGUUUUCGAUGAAUCAUGGUCUAAAGAUGAAAAUGCAUUGGAAAUAGACUUUGGAGCCAUUGAUUUCACCACUCCUCGGCUAAGUCUUUCUUCUUCAAUUGGAAAGGGAGCUGAUUACAUCUCUAAGUUUAUAUCUUCUAAGCUUGGAGGCAAAUCCGAUAGACUAGAACCUUUGUUGAACUACUUGCUUCACCUUAAUCAUCACGGAGAGAAUCUCAUGAUAAAUGACGAUCUCAGCACGGUUGCAAAGCUCAAGAAAUCUCUGAUGCUUGCCGUCAUUGUAGUCUCGACUUACCCAAAACACACGCCUUAUGAAACUUUUGCACACAGGUUGAAGGAGAUGGGAUUCGAGAAAGGUUGGGGAGAUACAGCAGAGAGAGUGAAAGAAACUAUGGUUAUGCUCUCAGAAGUUCUUGAAGCACCAGACAAUGUGAAGCUAGAUUUGCUCUUUAGCAGACUUCCCACAGUGUUCAACGUUGUGAUAUUCUCUGUCCACGGCUAUUUUGGUCAGCAAGACGUGCUCGGAUUACCAGAUACCGGAGGCCAGGUUGUUUACAUAUUGGAUCAAGUAAGAGCUUUGGAGGAAGAGCUUCUCACUCGAAUUAACCAACAAGGCCUCGGAUUCAAGCCUCAGAUUCUUGUGGUGACACGGUUAAUACCUGAAGCAAGAGGAACAAAGUGUGAUCAAGAACUAGAAGCCAUUGAAGGAACCAAGCAUUCUCAUAUUCUCAGGGUUCCUUUUGUUACAGAUAAAGGAAUCCUCCGUCAAUGGGUUUCUCGAUUCGAUAUCUACCCUUACCUGGAGAGAUUUACUCAGGACGCAACGAGCAAGAUUCUUCAACGCUUUGACUGCAAGCCUGACCUCAUCAUCGGAAACUACACAGAUGGGAACUUGGUUGCAUCUCUAAUGGCCACCAAACUCGGUGUCACUCAGGGAACGAUUGCUCAUGCGUUGGAGAAGACAAAGUAUGAAGAUUCAGAUGCGAAGUGGAAGGAACUAGAUCCUAAAUACCAUUUCUCAUGCCAGUUCACAGCUGAUUUAAUCGCAAUGAAUGUCACUGACUUCAUCAUUACCAGCACAUAUCAAGAAAUCGCUGGAAGCAAGGACAGGCCAGGACAGUAUGAGAGUCACACUUCCUUCACAAUGCCUGGUUUAUGUAGAGUUGUCUCUGGCAUUGACGUGUUUGAUCCAAAGUUCAACAUUGCUGCUCCUGGUGCGGAUCAAUCUGUAUACUUCCCUUACACAGACAAGCAAAAACGAUUUACCAAGUUUCAUCCUUCUAUACAAGAAUUGCUUUACAAUGAGAAAGACAAUGCCGAACACAUGGGAUAUCUUGCGGUAAGAGAGAGACCGAUCAUAUUCUCAAUGGCGAGACUCGACACGGUGAAAAACAUAACUGGUUUGGUUGAGUGGUAUGGCAAAGACAAGAGACUUAGAGAGAUGGCUAACCUUGUAGUCGUUGCUGGAUUCUUUGACAUGUCAAAAUCUAAUGACAGAGAAGAGAAAGCUGAGAUCAAGAAAAUGCAUGAUCUAAUUGAAAAGUACAAGCUCAAGGGAAAAUUCAGAUGGAUCGCUGCUCAAACCGAUAGAUACAGAAACAGUGAGCUCUACAGAUGCAUUGCUGAUACAAAAGGAGUCUUUGUUCAACCUGCUUUGUAUGAAGCUUUUGGCUUAACCGUUAUCGAAGCCAUGAACUGUGGACUCCCAACAUUCGCAACGAACCAAGGUGGACCAGCGGAGAUAAUCGUUGAUGGUGUCUCUGGUUUCCACAUUGAUCCCAACAAUGGUGAUGACUCUGUUAAGAAAAUUGGAGAUUUCUUCAGCAAAUGCCGUACAGAUGCUUUGUACUGGGAUAGUAUCUCUAAGGGUGGUCUCAAACGCAUCUAUGAGUUUUACACAUGGAAGAUUUAUGCAGAGAAGCUGCUUAAAAUGGGAAGCAUUUAUGGAUUUUGGAGACAGGUGAACGAAGAUCAAAAGAAAGCGAAGCAGAGAUACAUUGACAUGCUCUACAAUCUCCAGUUCAAACAAUUGACCAAGAAAGUGACAAUCCCGGAAGAUAAACCUCUGCCUUUGAGACUGGCUUCACUCCGUAACCUCCUUCCCAAAAAACCAUCAUCUCUUGGAGCAGGAAGUAAGCAGAAGGAAGUCACAGAAACCGAAAAGACGAAACAGAAAAGUAAAGAUGGUCAAGAACCACAAGAUGUAAAGGUCGGGGCAAGAGAAGUAAGAGAAGGGUUGCUUGCAGCUGAAGCAUCAGAGAGGAUGAAGAAAGUUUUAGAAACUUCGGGAGAGAAACAGAAGGUAGAAAAGAUGAAGAUUGCGUACGGACAACAACAGAACCAAGGAGCUUCAUCGGUUCGGAACUUGUUCUGGUCAGUUGUGGUUUGUCUAUACAUCUGUUACAUUUUGAAGCAGAGGUUCUUUAGUGCUAACUCCGCUCAAGAGGAUUAAGAAAGUCUACCUUGGAUCGAAUUAAAGUGAAAACAAAAAAAAACAUUUGUAAAAUCUGUAAUGCAUAAAACUACCAUCGAUGUAAAAAUCAUCAAGUAAUAAAAUUCAUACAUUUGGCUUACCAAACUGGCCCAACUGUAUAUAUAAAUUACACA